GUUUCUCUGGCCCUUUGCAAAAGACGGUCACUCCCAAGCCUGCUCUUUAAGGUGUGGUUGUUCCUGGAGGAGACGCGAGCUCCAGUCGCACCCAGGAACCUCAUGCAGAAGCUGUGGCGGCGAUGCCACCGCCGCCUCAGCCAAAUCCAGUAGGAGACAGCCAUGGGGAUCAGUGGUGCAAGGAGGAGCACCACCGCAGGCGGAGGUUCAGGUUCCCGCUCACCAAGUGGUGACGAUGACGAGGGCGGAGAUGCAAAGGAUGAUGGACAACGCGGCGGCACAGGCAGUGCAGCAGGUUACUCACCAAACAUCCCAUGCUACCACUGCGCCAACGACGGUGGUCGGUACUCAGGAGGAGGAUGAGUCCAGUUAUAGAGGCGGAAGAGAUGUGAGGUAUCAUGCGAUGGUGAGGAUGGCGGAGCAUUUGUGCCAGUUGCAGGAGAAGGUCGAAGAGAGACAGGACAGGAGGGCGCGAGGACAUCCUUUCUCGAGGAAUAUUUUGACUGCACCUUUGCCGAACAAUUUCAGGGAGACCAACUUUGUGUUUGACGGGUCUGACCCAUCGAGGCAUGUGAGAACUUUUGAGAAUAUGGCGGUGUUGCGUGGAUAUUCUGAUUCUGUAUGUUGCAGGGCUUUCUUAUCGACCUUGCGGGGAGGAGCGCUCGAUUGGUUUCAUCAGUUGCCCCCGGGGUCGAUCAUGGACUUUGAGGAUUUUUCCAGCAAGCUCACCAAUCAGUACUCGAGCGCAGCGGCUCAGGAGAAGACAUAUUUAACCUUGAUGUCGAUGAAGCAAGGGGAGAAAGAAUCAUUGAGGAAGUAUGUGGCUCGAUAUAAUCAAACAUGUUUGGAGGUGCAUUCGGCGUUUGAUGAGGUGAGGGCGAGAGGAUUGAUAAGGAGUCUUCGAGCAGCGCCCUGCCGAACUUCGUUGGCAAAAACCCCUGCUCGAUCGUAUGAAGAUGUGUUGAGGCGGUGCAAGAAGUAUAUAAACCUGGAGGAGAUGGAGGCGGAGUUUGCCAAGCUGGAGGGAGUUGCUCGGCCAGAGCCGAAGAAGGGAAGAGCCCACCGAGAGGGAGGUCACCCAGAAGGG